GGUCGAACACAGCGUACGAUCACAAGAAAGCUAUCAAACUGCGGUCGUACGGCAAUGAUAUGUUCAAUUUUGGGAACAAAAAUUAUUGCAUAAAUCUAUCUGGUUUUCUUAAGACACAAUAACAUUUGUUGGCAUUGUUGCAUUACCGGAGGAUGUACAGUACUUGGACAGUUCGUCCCCAUAAUUGUUCGUACCGUCUCUCCGAAGUCUCGCGUUCUAAUCCAUAUUUUAUCGAUAUCGUAAAUUACGAACCGCUCGCAAAUAAUGGUGUGGGAACGAAACUGUCGAAAUCGCGCGCAAAUAAUCUCGGUAAAACCGUAUCGAGUACGAUGUGAGAAUCGAAAACCAAGAUUUCCACGAGGCUGUACCGACUAACACGUUUUUCGAGUCACGGCCGUCGACUAUGCGUCUACACCGCACGUUUUCCUACCGACGAUGCGAUAAUACACGUCAUUACAAGACCCGAAAGCGACGCUGACCCGGUGCCGUGAGCCCGUGAACACCGCCACCAUCACUACCCCGGCGGUGCCGACGAACCGGGGCCGAGCGGCCACUGUGCGCCGCGGCCCCGCGGUCGUCAUGACGUCCUACCCGACGGCCGGCGGCAGCGACAAACACGCGGCCACGGCGACCGCGCAACCAUCGCAGCCACUGGCGCACGGUUGCGGACCGAUGCCCAAUACGCCGGACGUGAUCAACUCCAUCAUGUCCAUGAUGGGACCGUUCGAACACUUCUCCGGCGGCGGCUGCGGCGUGUCCACCGCUUCCGACGACUCUUCCGGGUCCACGUGUUCACCCGUGUCGCCGCCCCGCAUGCAGAGCAUCUGUUCCAGCCUGCUCAUCAAGGAGGAACUGAAACUGGCCAUCCAGUCCAAGCAGCGCAUUGCGGCCGCCGGUAACACGACCUUGGUGGCCGCCAGAGGCGGCAUAUCAUCUGGAGGGCUCGCAGCCGUGGCGGCCACCGCGUCGUCGGCCGGCUCGGCGGCCUCGUCGCCGGGCGGUGGCGGACAAGCGAAGAAACGGCGCGCGGCGGACGAGGAAUCGCACGACGACGACGACGACGACGACAACGACGAGGACGGCGAUGGCGAUGACGUGUCGUCGCACGGCGAAGGGUUGACGGCAGAAGACGAAGAACGGAGGAAACGGAGGCGGGAACGUAACAAGAUAGCGGCCACCAAGUGUCGGUUGAAGAAACGAGAAAAGACUACGAAUCUGAUGCAAGAGUCCAGCGUGCUGGAAACAAAAAACUACGAUCUUAAGACGCAGAUCCAAGAGCUGGAGUCGCAGCGAAACGAACUGAUGAAAAUGCUCACGGCGCACCCUUGCACCAGACGUAUGCCGAACCAACACCGUCAGCACCACCAGCACCUUCAGCACCACCACCAACAGCAGCCGUCUCACCACCAGCACCAGCAGCAGCAGCCGUCCCAUCAACUACACCAGCAGCAGCAGCAGCAACAGCAGCACCGAGAACAAUACGUGGCGGAACUGUACACCAACGACCCGUACCGCCAGCACCACCAUGUGGCCGCCGAGCCGCCGAUACUCAAAGACGCCAUGUUCAACGGUGGCUACGUGCCGGCCGCCGUGGCCCCGGUGGCCGUGCAGGCCGAUCGGCCGACGUCCGCGUAUCACCAGCGACCGGCCACCACGACGGCCGCGUCCGUGGCCACCUUCCACUAUCCGGUGGCCGGCGCGCACGUGGGCGGCGGUGGCGGCGUUAUGGGGGGCGGUGGCGUAUACGCGUCGUGCGUGGACGACUUGUACGGUUUCAACAAAGACCUGAUCGGCGGCGGGGGCGGAGGACCGCCGGACCUUAGCCACCAGUACUACGACCAAGGUAUAUGUUGAUAACGUGUACAGCGGUCGCGAGCGUUUCAUUUCCGUCCUUCCAUAAUACUACUAAGUUAUCCGAGUUAGCAGUUAUGGACUCGGAUAAAGUCGCUUGACACGCACACACCGUCGAUAUAAUAAUGAACCGUAUUGUUACACCGACGUUACGACAAUAAUAUAUUAUAAUUAUUAUGUAUUAGUAUUAUUUACCUUGUACGAGUAUAGUGAAUAGUUACCUAAAAAUAAACAUGUGAUCGCGCACGCGUAACGACCGGGUGCGCGUGAUAAGCGUUUUGCGCGUGUUUCGUCCCGCAGUCGAUGUCUCCGGACGAUCGACAGAGGUGUGUAAACGAAAAAUCGAAAAUAUCACCGCGGAACCGUCUGUGACGGAUCCGUCGAAUCCCACCGACGCACGCGUUGAUCGCGAAACUCUGAUCGGAUCGAUUGCCCGGAUCGAUCCCGCCACAUCCCGUCCGACGCCCUACCCGUUACCCGUUUUUCCUUCGGUCGCAAUAACGUCCCUUGGCAGUCGGGGUGUUUGGCGAUCGGCCGGGACCGCGCCGUCGCACCCCGAACGGCUCUACCGACCCCCGACCGGCUCGUGCUGCGCUCGAGUUUUUAUGUUCUCAGUCGGUAUCGGACCCGCGAAGGCUACCGACUGAAAACCAUCAACCUAACCGCCAUUUCAUUUUUUCUUCUUUUCCGAUUUCCGAUCGAAACCGUAAGUUCGUCACACUUUCCUACCAUUUUUCUCUUGAACGUUUCCCGUCGAACGCACGUGUUUUCCGUUUCUCUCCGACACUCUUCCGCCGUCCAAGCCGAUUCCAAACACCGACGGCAUCGCGACAAACGCACACACGCACAACAGUCCACCCCACGGAUCUAAACGUCCGCGCAGGGACGAUAAAUAUCAUAUUUUUACAAUCAUAUUAUUCUAUUACGUAGUGCUAAGUUUACGCCCGUGGUACACGUUGCUGUUAUCGACAUUAUUACUAUUGUAUUCGUAUAGUAUACGGUCGCGGAAGAUUUCGCACAGCCGCAAAAAUAUGUUCUACGCACAUUGUAUACUCGGUGCGUUAUAAUAAGGGUAUUUUUUUUUUAUUUUUUUUAUUCGACAUUGAUCACUAUUUUGUACGAAUUAUGAUUGCAUGCGACCAUUUAAUUGUUAUCGGAUAUCAUAUUAUAUUUUUUUCAUUCACCAAUAUAUUUUUAAAAACCAUAUUAUAAUAUUAUUUUUUUUUUAACUAUAUUUAUAUAUUUAUAUAUAUAUAUAUAUAUAUAAGCGUAUAUC